ACCCAAUCCACUUUUUUUCACUUUGUCGGCAGUUAGUCUUGCCAAAACGCCCAAAGCUCGCUGCAUGCAUAAAUCCCACUUCUUCUAGCCCCUCACUUCCCUCUCCUCACCAUCCGAAUCUUCCUUCUAUAAGAGCGUGGUCGGUCGAAAGCCCUAACUAGCAAACCAUUCACGUAUUCCCAAAUCAAUCGCCAACAUGACCGUCCCCAACGGCAACGGAAAAUCUACCUUCCUCUUCACUUCGGAAUCUGUCGGAGAAGGACAUCCUGACAAGAUCUGCGACCAAGUCUCGGACGCUAUCCUCGAUGCCUGCCUCAAGGAAGACCCUCUCUCCAAGGUCGCUUGCGAGACCGCCGCCAAGACCGGUAUGAUCAUGGUCUUCGGUGAAAUCACCACCAAGGCCCACCUCGACUACCAGAAGAUCAUCCGUGGCGCCAUCAAGGACAUUGGCUACGACAGCUCCGACAAGGGCUUCGACUACAAGACAUGCAACGUCCUCGUUGCUAUCGAGCAGCAGUCGCCCGACAUUGCUCAGGGUCUCCACUACGAGGAGGCUCUCGAGAAGCUCGGUGCUGGAGACCAGGGUAUCAUGUUCGGAUAUGCCACCGACGAGACCCCCGAGCUCCUUCCUCUUACCGUCCUCCUCUCCCACAAGCUGAACUCGGCUAUGACUGCUGCCCGCAAGGACGGCUCUCUGCCAUGGCUGCGACCCGACACCAAGACUCAGGUCACCGUUGAGUACGCCCACGAUGGCGGUGCCGUCGUUCCUCUCCGCGUUGACACUGUCGUCGUGUCGGCCCAGCACAGCGAGGACAUUACCACCGAGAAGCUCCGUGAGGAGAUCAAGGAGAAGAUCAUCAAGAAGGUCAUCCCCGAGAAGAUGCUCGAUGACAAGACCGUCUACCACAUCCAACCCUCCGGUCUCUUCAUCAUCGGUGGUCCCCAGGGUGACGCCGGUCUUACCGGACGUAAGAUCAUUGUCGACACCUACGGUGGCUGGGGUGCCCACGGCGGUGGUGCUUUCUCCGGAAAGGACUACUCCAAGGUCGACCGUUCCGCCGCCUACCUUGCGCGCUGGAUCGCCAAGUCGUUGGUCCAGGCCAAGCUCGCCCGUCGCGCACUCGUGCAGCUGUCCUACGCCAUCGGUGUUGCCGAGCCCCUCUCCCUCUUCGUCGAGACAUACGGCACCUCGGAGCGCUCCUCCGACGAGCUCGUCGAGAUUGUCAAGAACAACUUCGACCUCCGCCCCGGUGUCAUCGUCAAGGAGCUCAACCUCAUCAACCCCAUCUACUUCCAGACCGCCAAGAACGGUCACUUCACCAACCAGGACUUCACAUGGGAGAAGCCCAAGGAGCUCAAGUUCUAAUUCUAACGCCUUGAUUAAAGACAUAAAGGUGGGCAUGAAUCAACUUCAGCCCAACCGUUUUCAAAGUUAAUAAGCGCGACGACAAUGCGUCCGUUGCGCAGCAGUGAGUAUGAGAAAGAUUUGCAUAUCUUUGGGAGGCGGGUAAAUGAGCCUUUUCAACAAGUGUUUCAACGGCGUCCACAGGGCAUUAUAACUAUACCCACAUGAUACCAGCCCGUUUGUACUUUCCAAAAGUUUCCUAUGCGGAUUUCCUUUUCAUUUAGAUCGGCCUAGGGCAGGCUGUAGAUAUACAGAGAGCUUCAACAAUUGUUGGACCGCAGUACGUUGUCAACACGUACGUGAGGUCGUUUCGCGCACUAGUUCGCGAAGCUGGUAGUGGUUGGGGAGGAUGGGAUAUAGGGAGAAUCAAUCAAGUGCCAGCGAGUCUGCGCUGGGGUCUUUGACUUUGGCGCGGGUAGCAUGGUGCUGUACCGACGUA